CUCCUGUCACACGUGUGCUUCUAAAGUUGCUGAGACUAUAAAUUGAUGUGUAUGUGUUCAACACAGUCAGAGCCAACAUGAAGACAUCCACAGUCUUGGUUCUGCUGGCUUUGAUUGCCUGUACUCUGUCUUCUACCACAGGAUUGCAGAAACCUGGAGCUUGUCCCAAGGUGCCCCCAAAUACUUUUGGAACAUGUGUUGAGAGCUGCACUGGAGAUGAUUCCUGCCCUGAGAAAACGAAGUGCUGCAGCAAUGGGUGUGGUCACAUCUGCACAUCUCCUGUUUCCUCAACAGAUGACAGCUGGUGAAAGAUGGAUUCGAUACCCAUCAGCACGAAUGUUGACCACCUCUGGAAGUUUUUUUCUGAAUCCACGGAAUCCGUUCUUGCUACUUUCUUGCCCUAGAAUUGCACCCUUAGAAGAUGAGAGCCUGUAAUGCUGUGACUGCUUCCUAUUUGUGUCCAAAAUAAAUGAUCCUUAGCAUUG